CCGCAACAUAAACACAAGGAAAGAAAACAUUAGUACUUUAGUGCUGUAAUGCUCUCUCCAUCUGUCAUACAGAGAGAGCGAUAAUAGAAGCUGAAGCAAAGAUACUAUUGCCAACAUUAAAAAGCUUUAGAAUUUAAGCAGACCAAAAGAUGGAAGUGCGAAAUUCAGAACAUGGACGUAUAAUUGACAUACAUGUAGAUGUUCCAGCUGUGAAGACUAGCCUGGGUGGGAGUAGGAUUUGUGCGGGAGCAACAUGUGGAUUUUCAGAUGCUAAAACCAGUUCUAAAGAUGCAAAGGAACGAGGGGCGUCUAUGAAGAAACUUGGAUGGGCAGUUGUGCUCUGUCUUAUCUUCAUGGCUGUUGAAAUUGUAGGAGGCAUAAAAGCCAACAGUCUCGCGAUCUUGACUGAUGCAGCUCAUCUUUUAUCAGAUGUUGCAGCUUUUGCAAUCUCUUUAUUUUCAAUCUGGGCAUCAGGAUGGGAGGCGACUCCACGCCGAACUUAUGGUUAUUUUAGGAUUGAGAUACUUGGUGCUCUUAUUUCCAUCCAGAUGAUAUGGCUUCUUGCAGGGAUCCUUGUGUAUGAAGCUAUUGCCAGACUUAUUUACGAUACAGGUGAAGUUCAGGGUGCUCUCAUGUUUGCUGUUUCUGCUGUUGGCUUACUGGUUAAUAUUGUCAUGGCACUCUUGUUGGGUCAUGAUCACGGUCACGGUCACGGGCACGGGCAUGGUGGGCACGAUCAUGGCCACAGUGAUCAUGACCAUAGCCAUGAGGAUCAUGAUCAUGCCCAUACCAACAGUUUAAGUGGAGCCACACAUCAUAAUCACCACCAUCAUGAGGGGAACUCCGAAGACAAUGACGAGCAUCAUGACACACAUGGAGCAGAUCUUGCCGAGCCUCUGCUUAGUAGUCACACAGAAGUUGAAAAUAAAACAAAAGGUGGGCAUAAACAAAAGAAGCAACGAAAUUUCAAUAUUCAGGGGGCUUAUCUUCACGUAUUGGGAGAUUCAAUUCAGAGUUUUGGGGUGAUGCUUGGUGGGGCAAUUAUAUGGUAUAAGCCAGGGUGGAAAAUCAUUGAUCUGAUAUGCACCCUUGUGUUUUCCAUUAUUGUGUUGGGCACAACAAUCAGUAUGCUACGGAAUAUUCUGGAGGUUCUCAUGGAGAGCACGCCGAGGGAGAUUGACGCAACUACGCUUGAGAAGGGUCUCUGCGAAAUGGACGAGGUGGUUGCCGUCCAUGAACUGCACAUUUGGGCAAUAACUGUAGGGAAGUGUUUGUUGGCUUGCCAUGUUAUGAUCAAGCCUGAUGCUGAUGCUGACAUGGUACUAGACAAGGUUAUAGAUUACAUUAAGAGAGAACACAAUAUCAGUCAUGUGACCAUUCAGAUAGAGCGACAGUAACCAUUUAGAUGGGGGCAACUACAAGUUACAUGUCAGUGGCUUAGCGUCAGUUUUGAACUUUUACUUUUAAUUCUGUGUCAUUGAUUAAUAACUGGUUUUAUGAAUUUUGGCAGGUUCAUGAUUUUCUCUAA